ACGCUGACCGCGCGUUUCCCGACCUGCCCCGCGCCCAGGCGCUCGCCCAACGAUCACUUCCGCUACAGCCCGCCUGGUUUCCGGUCGCCUGGUUGCCGGGGUUUGGGGUGAGGGGCCCGCGCGCUCCGCCUGGUUCCGCUUCCGCAAAUAGAUGGGAGAUCAAAUCCUCCAGCACUGGUUCCGUGGCCAAUCUUAUUCCAUGCUGCACUGGGGAGCAGAGGCGCUUCUGUCAGAGGGGAGCGUGCAUACCUGUGGGCUAGAGAGCCCGAUGGCCUAUGUCGUUGGUGAUUCCCCUUGAGUUUGUCGUCAGCAUCAGUGAUGUGAGCAGUCUGGAAAUGGAUGAGAUUGCUGAUCCUAUGAGGAUGGAAGCUGGUGAUGCAACGUUGGCUAAUCAUAACUCGAUAUUCAAGGCCUUUCCUCUACAACAGACUGCUAUUCCAGGGGAUCAGCUUUCACUGUCUGAUGACAAGUUUUUACCAAACAAGUUUGGCAGUUUGGAGAGAUCUUUUACAUGCUCCACGGGAAGUGCAUCAUUCAGUCCAAGUUACUACUCAGAAAUUCCAUCCUCUGAGAGUUAUUACCGGGUGUCGGGAGAAUUGAGAACGUUUGGACCAAGUGCCAACGGACAGGGGAGGGGUUUGGUACCCACCCUGGGUUCUAUGUUACAGAAACCUAGAGUGAGUCGAAACUUGUAUCUCGACACUCGUAAAACUCCAAGUGGAACGUCAAAUAGUUUUGUAGGGAAGUCAAACCAUCAUUGUCACGUAUCCGCAUAUGAAAAAACAUUUCCAAUCAAGCCCGUUACAAGUCCCUCGUGCCGUCGCAGCCUUCUGAGCCCCAAGAAAACCCAGAGGAGAUUCGUCAGCACUGCAGAAGAGACAGUUCGAGAGGAAGAGCGAGAGAUCUACAGGCAGCUGCUUCAGAUGGUCACAGGAAAACAGUUCUCAACAUCCAAGCCAGCCUCGCUUUUCCCCCUCCACCUGCCCAGAUGUUUGAGUUCCAGUAAAAACGUAGUGAAAGAAACCCCAUGCAAGAAUGCAAAACCAUUUGAAACGUACAGCCUCGCUCCAGGCAGCCAGUCAGCUAGUGUUCUGGGAACACAGGAGCAGCCAUCACACAAGCCACCACCGUACCCUGUAUCCAGUUAUCCCUCAAAUGUUACUUUUGAGUCCGAUAAUACCUGCACUCAGCAUCAGCAAGAUAAUCCACCAGCAUCCAACACCCAGCCUGAAGGAUCAGACUCGGUCAUUGUGCUCAAGAUAAAAGAUUCCAGAACGCCGACUCCAAGCCUCCCUUUCUUCCAGGCAGAAUUGUGGAUCAAAGAAUUAACCAGCGUCUACGAUUCACGAGCCCGUGAGAGAUUGCGUCAAAUAGAAGAGCAGAAAGCUUUGGCAUUGCAGCUGCAGAGCCAGAGAUUGCAGGAGCAGGAACAUUUGAUACAGGACCCAGUGGAUUUGAAUCUUCGAGUGCCUCUUGAGAAAGAGAUUCCUGUCACAGUUCUCCCAGAAGAGAAAGAGAAUGCUAAAUCAACUGAUAACGAAGACGAAUUCCCUGAAAUCACAGAGGAAAUGGAGAAGGAAAUCAAGAGUGUAUUCCGCAAUGGAAACCAGGAUGAGGUCCUGAGUGAAGCUUUCCGGUUAACGAUAACCCGGAAAGACAUUCAGACCCUGAACAACCUGAACUGGCUUAACGAUGAGAUAAUUAAUUUCUACAUGAAUUUGCUGAUGGAGCGAAGCAAAGAGAAGGGGUUGCCGACAGUUCAUGCGUUUAAUACCUUCUUUUUUACUAAAUUAAAAACUGCUGGGUACCAAGCAGUGAAACGGUGGACAAAAAAAGUAGAUGUUUUCUCUGUGGAUGUUCUCUUGGUGCCUAUUCAUCUUGGAGUCCAUUGGUGCCUAGCCGUUAUAGACUUCAGGAAGAAAACCAUCACCUAUUACGAUUCCAUGGGUGGCAUAAACAACGAAGCCUGCAGGAUACUGUUGCAAUACUUAAAACAGGAAAGUCUUGACAAAAAACGGAAAGAAUUUGAUGCUAACAACUGGUUAUUGCUCAGCAAGAAGAGUCAGGAAAUCCCUCAACAAAUGAAUGGCAGCGACUGUGGAAUGUUUGCCUGCAAAUAUGCCGACUGCAUUACCAAAGACAGACCGAUCAAUUUCACCCAGCAACACAUGCCCUACUUCCGCAAGCGGAUGGCCUGGGAGAUCCUCCAUCGCAAGCUGUUAUGAUGACACUGUGCCAAAAGCUGGAUCCUUGAGAGAGUCUGUCAAAAGCGUCCAGACUCGCCCCUCUCAGCAAUCAGCAACCUCCACUCCAACAGACAUGGGACUUGCACUGGUUUCCAAUCAAAGAAAUCUUAAAUGACUCAAUAAGAGUUUUUAUGAACUCCGCUCAUGGACCAGUGCAUGAUGGGAACUGUCAGAAGCACACUCGCCUUUUUUCUUGGGGUUUUUUUUUGUAUUUUGAAACCUAUUUUUA